CCUGCUGCUGCUGACUUGCUGUCUUGCUGAGCCCAGCCGCGGCUGGAAUCGAAUAACCAGCCUGCGAAUUCCCUCCCCCCGAAGGCCAAAGCUCCCACCUUUCCCCCUCGAUUCCGAGCGCCAGCCCGCGGGACUCCGCGCGGGAACCACGUCGCCGAUCCUUCCUGCUCUCCCCGAAACCGGAUUCUCCUGGUGCCGCGAGGCGGCGGCGGCGGCGUCCCAGAUUUCAGCUGCUCUGUGUGUAGCAGAUUGGGGACUUCUUUUACUGUUUUUUUUUUGGGGGUCAGUAUCUGAACUGAUAGCAUGGGGGCUGUACUUGGACGGCAAGACACCAGCAAGCGGAGUUUCCAUGGUUCAAAGCUGGAGGCGAGGAUGGUGGGUGCCAUGCAGCAGAGAGCGUUGCAUGGAACUACACUGAAAUCGUUCGAUGGUAUCGUCAUGAAGUUUCCCAGAAUCGAUGAGAGUUUUAGGAAAUGCAAGACUAUCUUCGAGCAAUUUGAUGAAGAUUCCAAUGGUGAAAUAGAUAAAGAAGAACUGAAGCAUUGUUUUCAGAAGCUGGAAAUCUCAUUCACAGAGGAAGAGAUAUGUGAUCUCUUUGAAGCUUGUGAUAUAAAUGAAGAUAUGGGCAUGAGUUUCAAUGAGUUCAUUGUCUUUCUGUGCCUUGUUUAUCUUCUUAAUGAACCAGCUGUCACAGAAGCAAAAAUAAAAAUGGGACUAGGAAAUCUUGAGGCAACUUUUGAGACCUUGGUUGAUGCAUUUGUCUUCCUGGAUAAGAACAAAGAUGGGUACGUGAGCAAAGAUGAGAUGAUCGAAGCAAUAAAUGAGACUACAACUGGAGAGCGCUCAUCUGGGCGUAUAGCCAUGAAAAGAUUUGAAGAAAUGGAUUGGGACAAGAACGGCAUGGUGAGCUUCAAGGAAUUUCUGUUUGCAUUCACUCGCUGGGUAGGGAUUGAUGAAAAUGAGGAUGGCGAUGAAUGAGGACCGAGUGCAAAGACUGGUUAUUGUUCAAUUGUUAGGACCAGAUCAGCCCUGAAGUGGCUGGAAAUGAAUGACAGAGGAAAGGAGUAGUCGGUGUUCAUUGAUUGCUUGUUCAUCUUUAUGUUUAUGUUUAUGUUCUUAAUAGAAUGCCUUGUAUGUCCGAACACUGGUAUCAUGGUACAGUUGCUAUCUGUUGCAUCGUUUGUUACAGUAUAUACGUAUUAACGGGACAGGAAAUGAAAACCUCAAUAUGCCAGUCUCCUUUGCUAGAA